UGGCAAAAAAUCUUAAUCGGCAUAUGGUCACACUCUCAAUCUUAGUUUUGUUGUCAAAAUGAAAAUAUUGUAAAAGUUAAUUAAUUCCUAAGAAAUAUGUCAAUGCCUGGGGACGGAGCAAUGCCCACGGAUUCUUUGAGGAGAAUACGCACCCAACUGGGUGGCAGCACCUUUGGCCAGCGCCGCGAGGACAUCUUUCGUCGCUUUCAGGAAAGUGCGCACCAAAUAUCGAGCAAUUUUAAGGGAAAGGAACUCGUCACAGAGCAAGAGGAGUCCGUGCAAGAGCUAUGUGAUUCCCUUGAGGAGCUCCUUGGCUACGGGUUACGACAAUCUCUAAAUGGUACAACUUUCAGUGCCGCCAGUUUCAUCCAAAACAUGCAUGAGAUGGUUUCCGGAAAUUCCAGUAUUACCAGCAACAAUAAUGAGACAACCUUCUGGGACUUCUGCCAGUCACACCUAACGCCCCAUGAACGGCAAAGAUACUUGGAUCUGAAACAAAUAUGGACAAAUGUUGGGCGGGGUCGAGCGUUUAUUCGCGCCUCUCUAAAUGAGAAACGCCUUCACAGCCAUGUCCUUACCUGGUUAAGUGACGAAGAGCAACUGAAUAGGUUUUACACUCCCUGGUCGCUGUUGCUCAACGAGGAGGUGACCAAACAGCUCCCUAAGAUUGUCGACUCCCUCAAAGAUGUAUUUUUUUCCCUUAAUGUGGACACGACGGAUUUAAACGCCCCUCGACGGUCUGCGGGACUUCAGCAACUCAAAGAGGAGCCUGUUAUAUAUGCCCCAAACCCGGUACCUGUGAUAUCGCGUCAAAGAAAUCGUCCUGGCGUAGCUAUCGAACGUCACAUUGAGGAACUUGGCUCCACGGCGGAUUUGCUAAGUGCCCUUAAACCUGUUGACACUUUCGAAUCUCCACAAUUGAACAAAGAUGUUAUAGAUGAGCAGUGGAACAAACCAUCUGAACCUCCUUCUGAUUCGUCAGAACCCGUUCAACCUAUCGAUCAAAAUGUGGAGUACCACUUGGAUAAGACAUCUUUGCUGGAUACGUCCCAUGUUGCUGCCGAGCCGGAUGUGUUCGAGGACCACAGUGAUACUUCCUCGCAGUGGAGCAAGUCCUCAUCGCCGAAUUGGCAAGCGAACAACGGCCAAGAGCAGGCGCAUCUGGAGGAGCAAGUUAAUCUGCUUACUGAGAGAUGCGCCCUGCUGGAAACUCGUGUAGCAGAUCUGAAUUUGCAAAACCGCCUGCUUAUUCGACGACUCACGAAGCAAUUUGAAAUGACUGGUAUUGAUCCCAGUUCCUCGCUGACCUCCAACUUCCUGAUCACCAUUCCGCAAGUCAAGCUAGCCAAAGGCCAGCGUUCCAGGUCUCAUUACGCGUACGAAAUCCACAUUACUAUGCGCGAGCGACUGGACCACUGGACACUCUACCGGCGCUACAGUGAAUUCGACAAGCUGCACAAAUCGUUGUUGAGGACACAUCCAGUGGUCAGCUCAGUGGAGUUUCCCCCCAAGAAACAUUUCGGCAACAUGAAUUUGGUGUUUGUGGAGGAACGCCGUCAACAGCUUCAGAUUUAUCUACUUAAUAUUGUGGAGACACUGCCGCAGGUGGAGGCCUGCAAAUCUAAGGCGGAGCUGCAGAAGGCUUUUCCCUUUUUUCGGGAAAGAUAACCGACUAAUUUGGCUCAACACCGCUGAAUAGGCUCCCAAGCUGAAACUAUUCGGUUCAUUUCGUUAUUGAUAUUAAAAUAUUGUUAUACAUAUGUACAGUAAAUAAAAAUAAAAAUCAAAAUACAAAUUUUAAAAA